AUGAAAUGGACUAAAAAUGCAUCUGAAGGAAUAGUCGUUGCUACAGGAUUUCCUCGAGGACUGUGUGUUGACAGUUCCGAAAAUAUCUAUAUGGCAGACUAUGGAAAUCAUCAACUUGUUUGUUGGCCUAAAGAAGCGAAAGAGGGUGUAGUCUUUGCUACUGGAGACGGUGAGAAAGACGAUAUCAACCAGUUGUACUACCCAUGGGGUUUAUCUAUUGAUCAACAUGAUUAUCUUUAUGUUGCUGAUCAUUCGAGUCAUCGAAUACAACGUUUUCCCUUAAAAAAAGAUUGA